CAGCAAACUAUAUUGCAGCGUCAGGAUUCCGGUGAAGAGAACUUCUGAAUCGGCAGGGAAGAAAGGGAGAUUUACCGUCAAAAUGGGUUUUGUCAAAGUAGUGAAGAGUAAAGCCUACUUCAAGAGGUACCAGGUGAAAUUCAGGAGGAGGAGAGAGGGGAAAACUGACUACUUUGCACGCAAGCGCCUGGUCAUCCAAGACAAGAACAAGUAUAACACACCCAAGUACCGGAUGAUUGUCAGGUUCUCCAACAGGGAUAUAUGUUGCCAGAUUGCCUAUGCAAAGAUUGAGGGAGACCACAUAGUGUGUGCUGCUUAUUCCCACGAGUUGCCAAAGUAUGGUAUUGCUGUAGGCCUAACAAACUACGCGGCGGCCUACUGCACAGGCUUGCUACUGGCACGCAGGCUGCUGAAUAAGUUUGGUCUGGACCAGGUGUAUGAGGGCCAGGUGGAGGUGACUGGGGAUGAGUUCAAUGUAGAAAGUAUUGAUGGGCAGCCAGGGGCCUUCACCUGUUACCUUGAUGCAGGCCUGGCCAGAACCACCACAGGAAACAAGGUGUUUGGAGCACUGAAGGGGGCAGUUGACGGGGGUCUCGCAAUUCCUCAUAGUUUGAAGCGCUUCCCUGGUUAUGAUCCAGAGAGUAAGGAGUUCAACGCGGAGUUGCAUCGAAAGCACAUUAUGGGCAUGAAUGUCUCAGACUACAUGUCUUACCUGAUGGAGGACGAUGAGGAGGCCUACAAGAGACAAUUCUCCCGCUUCAUCAAGAAUGGUGUAACGCCAGACACGGUAGAGGAGAUGUACAAAAAGGCGCAUGCUGCCAUCAGAGCAAAUCCCAUACAUGAAAAGAAACCCAAAAAAGAAGUCAAAAAGAAGAGGUGGAACCGCGCCAAGUUAUCUCUGGCACAGAGAAAGGACCGCGUUGCCCAGAAAAAGGCCAGUUUUCUACGAGCGCAAGAACAAGAGGCAGGGGAUGGUUAGAGACACAGCCAUCCCCCUCCCUCAAAGAUGCACAACACCACGUCAUCCAAAUAAAUUUAUUACAAA